AUGCAGGGCUUCAACAUGGGACGCUACGUUCCGCCCGACCUCGAGGGCACAACCUCCGCCAACAAAGUCCACAAAAAGCACGCCCUCGGCCAGCGCGCAUCCAAACUCGCCUCACAUGGCAUCCUCACCGUCCGCUUCGAAAUGCCCUUCCCGAUAUGGUGCUCCUCCUGCCCAAAACCCACCAUCAUCGGCCAAGGAGUUCGUUUCAAUGCCGAGAAGAAGAAAGUCGGCAACUACUACACCAGCCCCAUAUGGAGCUUUCGUUUCCGGCACGCCCAGUGCGGCGGCACCAUUGAGAUGCGGACCGAUCCUAAGAAUACUGCCUAUGUGGUUGUUGAAGGAGCCAAAAAGCGGGACACGGGCGAGGAUAAAGGUCCUCGUGAGGGAGACGAAGCACUGGUUAUCAUGACGGACCAAGAGCGCGAGGCUUUACGCAAGAAUGCAUUUGCGAGUUUGGAAAAGACCAUCGAGGAUAGAGAGAGGUUGAAGGUGGCUACCGAACGGAUUGACGAUCUAAUAGACGCACAGUCUAAGACUUGGGAGGAUCCGUACACACAAAAUCAGAAGCUGAGAAAGGCGUUUCGGGUAGGGCGGAACGAGAGGGAACGGGAGGCGGAACGAGCAGAAGACUUGAAGGAGAGGAUGAGCCUGGGCAUAGACCUGGUCCCUGGGACGGAGGAUGACGCCAAGCGGGCCGCGUUGGUGGACUUUGGGCUCGGUGAGGAUGAUGAUGGUGCGGAAAGGGCGCUGGCAAAACCGUUGUUCAAGACAGUGAACAAGAAUGAGACGGUUGGGAGGAAGGACAAGAAUCCGUCCCUAAAGAAGGAUAAGGAGAUGGCGAGGCGCAAAGAUGACUUUGUGGCAUCCAUCGUGAAUAACACCCGUGUGACGAAGGACCCCUUUCUACAAAAAAAGGACGCGGCCAAAACGACGAGAAUCCUGGGUGUUAAGAGAAAGCGAACUGAUGAUACGAAAGGUGACUCGCCCGGGAAGGAAGUGAAAACUGCGACGUUGGUGGAAUAUGAUUCUGAUUAA